AUGUCAGUCCUCGGGGGGCGUGGAGCAAUUGAGCUUCGAUCUUUAACUACCAAGCCGACUAUAUCCUGUGCUCUACGACCCUUCUCCGUUCUAAACCGCCCACCACCGAAUUACCCUGGCCAUGUCCCAUUGACUACAAUUGAACGCGGAGCUCUGGCUGUGGGCUCAGCAUUGGGAUCCCUAAUUAAUCCCAGAAGAGCGGAUCUCAUCGCAGCCCUAGGCGAAGCAACCGCAACACCAUACUUCAUAUACCGACUCCGCGACGCCAUGCUCUCAAGCCCAACAGGACGACGCAUCUUGCGCGACCGGCCACGCAUAACCUCCGAAACCCUCCAAAUGACCCACCUCCGCACCCUCCCCGAGAACUCCGUUGGCCGCACCUAUGCUACAUGGUUAGACCGCGAAGGUGUAUCCCCCGACACGCGCGACAACGUACAAUACAUCGACAAUGAAGAAUGCGCCUAUGUCAUGCAGCGGUACCGUGAGUGCCACGACUUCUACCACGCCGUGACGGGACUGCCGAUCUUCGUUGAGGGCGAGCUGGCGCUUAAAGCGCUGGAGUUCUUGAAUACGCUUCUGCCUAUGACGGGUUUGAGUCUUUUUGCUUUUGUGCGUAUGAAGCCGGCGGAGAAAGAGAGGUUCCUUUCGUUACAUUUGCCGUGGGCUAUUCGAAGUGGGUUGAGGAGUAAUGAGCUUAUUAAUGUUUAUUGGGAGGAAGUACUCGAGAAGGAUGUUGAUGAGCUUAGGGCUGAGCUUAAUAUUGAGCGGCCGCCGGAUUUAAGGGAUAUUCGGAAGAUGAUUCGGCAGCAGCAGAAGAGGGAGAAGGAAAAGUUGCAGGCUUCGGGGUGA